UGUUGUUGCCUUCUUCUUCCGUUGAAUCAGUUGUUUGUUCUUUCAGUGACAUCCUCAGAUUCCCACUUAUUUUUCCAGUUUGGCAGUUUCAACUCAAUCUUCCAGAAUCCAGCCUUGAAUUGCUUCCAAAGGGCCAAAAGAUUUUAGAUUUCAUUCUCCAUUCUCAAUGUCAGACAUGGAAGAGGUUUUGGAGAGGCAAAAGCGAGAAAGGCGAACAAGAAUGCGUAGAAGAGCUGCAAGCAAAAGGGCGCAGAGAGAACUAGAUGAGCAACUUGGUGUGGCCGUUGCUUUGCUGGAGGAAGAAAACCAGAGCCGUCGUGGUUCACGAGAAGGCCGGGCAUCGAAUGUGGACAGACAUAGACAUUCUCGGGGAAUCGUUUGUGGAGUGCCCUCCAGUGGAAGAUCAAGUCCAAGAGAGAGAAAAAGAAAGGGUGCAACAUCAAUGAAGGCUGUAGUGAUAACCACUCCAGGUGGACCAGAGGUCCUCCAACUACAUGAAGUUGAAGACCCAGAACUCAAAGACAAUGAGGUCCUAAUAAAAGUUGAGGCCACUGCUCUGAAUCGAGCCGAUAUUCUUCAGAGGAAGGGCAUGUACCCACCACCCCCAGGUUCCAGCCCAUACCUGGGUCUCGAAUGUUCUGGAACCAUUGAGGCCGUUGGGAAGCAAGUCUCCCGCUGGCAAGUCGGUGACAAGGUGUGUGCUCUUCUUAGCGGAGGAGGGUAUGCUGAGAAGGUGGCAGUUCCAGCUGGACAAGUCCUUCUUGCUCCACCUGGUGUUUCUUUGCAGGAUGCUGCUAGUUUUCCCGAGGUUUCAUGCACUGUUUGGUCGACUGUGUUUAUGAUGAGUAGGCUAUCUGCUGGCGAAACAUUUUUGGUUCAUGGGGGCUCCAGUGGAAUUGGUACAUUUGCAAUUCAGAUGGCUAAAUACUGGGGAGCAAAGGUGUUUGUCACAGCAGGAAGUGAGGAAAAGUUGGCUUUUUGCAAGAAUCUUGGAGCUGAUGUAUGCAUCAAUUACAAGACGGAGGAUUUUGUUGCGCGGGUAAAGGAAGAAACGGGUGGCAAGGGUGUUGAUGUUAUCUUGGAUAUCAUAGGGGCAGAGUACUUUCGGCGGAACCUUGACAGCUUAAGUUUUGAUGGGAGGCUUUUUGUUAUUGGGACGAUGGGUGGUGCUGUUACAGAAAUAGAUCUUCGCGUUGUGCUUUCGAAGCGCCUUACCAUCCAAGCUGCCGGCUUGCGAUACAGAAGUCCAGAAAACAAAGCAGCGAUUGUUAGGGAGGUGGAAAACAAUGUGUGGCCUGCAAUUGUGGCUGGCAAGGUGAAACCUGUGGUCUACAAGUAUUUUCCAUUAUCUGAAGCAGCAGAGGCUCACCUGCUCAUGGAAAGUAGCAAGCACAUUGGAAAGAUUCUGCUUCUUCCCUGAUGAUAUGAAUGUUAAGUAUUUUGAACUCAAAUAAACAACAUGGUUCAGAGUCUCCAGAUCUUGUGAGCAGCUUGGGGUCUAUCGUCUAGGAUAAUGUUUAAUUUGCAUAGCUUAAGUUGUUUAAUACUCUUGUAUUAUGAGAAUUAAAUCAAGGUUAACGGAUAAAUUUGUGAA